UCGGCGUCUCGGAAGGUACUCGAAGAAAUAUGGGUUUAUUGUCAAUCCUUCGUAAACUAAAAAGUGCCCCAGACCAUGAGGUGCGCAUUCUCCUCCUUGGUUUAGACAAUGGUGGAAAGACGACACUUCUCAAACAGCUUGCUUCUGAGGAUAUUAGUCACAUCACCCCAACGCAGGGCUUUAAUAUUAAGAGCGUUCAGUCUCAGGGCUUCAAACUGAAUGUCUGGGACAUUGGAGGCCAGAGGAAGAUAAGGCCGUACUGGAGAAACUACUUUGAAAAUACUGACAUGCUUAUUUAUGUUAUAGACAGCGCAGACAGGAAGAGAUUUGAGGAAACAGGACAGGAAUUGGCUGAGCUUCUGGAUGAGGAGAAACUUAGCGCUGUUCCUGUUUUAAUUUUUGCGAAUAAGCAAGACCUGCUGACCGCUGCCCCGGCCUCUGAGAUCGCUGAGGGACUGAACCUGCACAUCAUUCGGGACAGAAUAUGGCAAAUUCAGUCCUGCUCUGCACUUACAGGAGAGGGAGUCCAGGAUGGCAUGAGUUGGGUCUGCAAGAAUGUUACUGCAAAGAAGAAAUAGUGAGCCUUCUUUUAACCCCAGCAGGGAAUGUGAAAAGCAAACUUUGUGGAGUGUGUGGAUUCUUUAUCAGCUUGUCCAGGUUAAAGGAGGUUAAGGGAGACAUUUCUGACCCCUGACUCCUCUGAACUACUUCAGCCUCUGCCUCGAUGCCUCAGCCACCAGGUCUGUCUCAGCACUGGCCCUGUUUCCACCUGGUAGUAAGCAUUUUCAGUAAUCUGAUCUCAAGUGGUCAGCCGAGACAUAUUAACAUUCACUCAAAUGUGUCUCUUGUGACCACUUGUCUUCAGAUUUUGUCAAGAUCUUUCAUUCUUAUUUCAUCAGACAUUACAUUACAUUUGCAGGAGCAUUUUAUGCGGUGCAUAAAUACCGUUGCAUGAACAAACCAAUGUUACAAACGGGAAGGCAAGAGAAUUAAAUCUAUGAUUUUGAUCAUGAUAUGUGUGUUUUGGUACAAUACCGUAAAACAUGCAUGCAUCUCAUAAUGAACACAUAAUUAGUGGAGGAAAGUAAAUAGUGUUGGACUACCUCAAAACUGGACAACCUCUAAACGUUUUAGACAUUGUUUACGUCUGUAUUUAGCAACGUCCACUUGUGUUUGCCCUUACAGGAAAAUCAUAGCCAUUAUGUCAAACACACAUAUUACUGUCUGUAAUACUUGAUACUGAGCAGUCUAUCACAAUAUUUCAAGCUGUUUUGUUAUGCAUGGUUGUUAUCACAGAAUAAAAGGGCUUCAUUUUGCAAGAACAACCAUCAUGAAUAUACUUUAUACUGCUUAUUUCACCGCUACUUGCCACAAAACAUAAAAAUUUGACAAAACAUUGUUUUCAGCCAUAAUAGUUUUUUGAUUAUUUAAUUAAACAUAAAGCUGACAAAAAUGUAUGGCUGAGUGAAGCUGAUUCAGUCACAAGAUGGCACCAAACUGUCAUAAACACCUAGCUGACAACAACGAAACAUAUACUAAGCAUAUAUUAAGCUACGUAUUAUUCAUUCACAGGAUGGCUCCAAACAGUCAAAAACCGUGACAUGACAGACAAGCAGAUGCUAACUAAUGUGGUUGUAAGUAUAUGGAUGUAAAAUCGUAUUUACUGACGGUAAAGGUCAUUUGAAGUUUCCGGAUGAGCCUGUUUUAUUUAGUGGUUGUUAUUUCAGAAUAACAUACCUUGAAAUGUCGCAACUGACUAAUCAGAAUCGAGUAUUCAAGUAAUUGAGAAUUUGAGUGUAUAAGCGAUAACAACCGAUGAAACUAAUUACUCUCGCUCAUCCGGGUACUUCCAAUCCUCUUAAAGUGGAAGUGAAGCAGUCAGUUUACAUUAUUUUGUAAACUAAUUUCCACUUUAAUGAAAAUAUAUUAGGCAACGCAGUGGCGCAGUAGGUAGCUGAAAAGAAAAUGAAUGAAUGAAAAUAUAUUAAACAAACUCGAUUAAUGUAACCAUUUUGAAGAAAAGGGCAUGUUUUACUAUAGUAUUUAGAGCUGGGGCACCGCCAUCUUUGAAUAUAGCUGUGUCUGACAUCACGGGGUUGGUUCCGUUCCCUCAGCUGAACAGACACAGUGGAAGUAAAUGGGUUAAAUUAGGCUUUGCGUCUUUAUGUUCAGUCCACGAGGGGCCGAUCACACAGAACCUUUUUGUUGACAAGAAAAAAAGGAGCUGUGCGCUUUUAUUAUAUCCCUAGGCAAUGACUGAAUCAGCUAGGUAUUAAGCGAGAGUGUUGCUGUUGAUGUUAAUAUAAUUUUAAUAUUUAAUAAUAUUGUGAUAUUCAAGAUUUGUGAGUUAUAGAGCUCCGGAUAACUCAAAACAGCAGCCACAAGUCUCUUCAACACCUUCAAAAGUCUUCUUUGUUGUCUUGACAACUCAAACUCUGCUGUCACCUCAACGGAAACCCCGCCUCUGCUUUCAUUUGAUUGGAGAAUGAAAAAGACCCAAGUAACGUCACACGAUUUUUCUACUCUGACAGUGCACGGCGCGCAAGGGCAAAAGCACAAGACACGUAGGGUGCAUUAGCAGCGCGCAAAACGAUCGCGGACGUUAGUAAAUCAUUAACAAAAAUUCGCCUCUCGACACAAAAAGCGUGUUCGGUGUGAUUGGCACCUUACUUCCACUGUAUCUGUUCAGCUGAGGGAACGGAACCAACCCCGUGACGUCAAACAAAGCAAUAUUCCAAGAUGGCGGCGCCCUUGUGCUAAUAGCUAUAGUAAAACAUGCCCUUUUCAAAAUGGUUACAUUUAUCGAGUUUGUAUAAAUAUAUUUUUAUUAAAGUGGAAACCAAUUGUAAAUUGACUGACUGCUUCACUUCCAUUUUACCUGUCAGAGAAUACAUUAACUUCCAUAUUAAGAUUCUCAUCUCUUAUGCUGCUGCUUUUGACUGUUUGCCUCCAUUUUGUGACUGAAAAAUAUGUAGAUUAGCGUAUACUCCAUUCAGCCAUUUUAAUUUCUGUCAGUUUUGUCUUUAAUUAAAGAAUUAAUAAACUACUAUA